UUGAGCCAGUCCCAGGCUGACUGGAGAGCAGCUCACGCGGGGAGAGCAGUCUGGUAAAGGAGGGCUGCUCGAAGGAGGAAGGUGCGAGGGUUUUCUUGGAUUUAAAUAACCUGACGUGUGCGGUUAUAAAAGGAGGAAUUUUAACAAAGGAAAUGAAUAUCAUUUGGGUGUGGACGGCCAUGGCGACUGUGGAGGUUGCUGUUCUGGCCAAGCUGUCGUCAAGCAGGCAGGAUCGGUUGCCAUGCACAAAGGGCUUUUCACAAGAGGAAUACUACACUAAAACUGAGUCAGAGAUGGCAGAGGGGCAGGCUGUGUUUAACGUGACAUUCAGGAACUGUGAUGAGGGAAAUGUCCAACUGAAAGCUGCAGAUACCUCUGCCUUCACUGUGAGUCAGGAAGGUGUAAUAUACACCCUACAACCACUGAGCCUGGGAGUGGAGGAAAAGCCUCAGGUCAUGAUCUAUGCUCAAGACCUUCAGUCCAACAGAAUUUGGUACACCAGAGUUCAUCUUGAGAUCAACACUGCACCAGAACAGGUACGACAACAACACACACUUCCCAAGGGUUUUACCAAUGUAAUCCACCACUAUGACAUCACUAUUAUACAAGCCACCAAUACUGUAGUAUCCACAAAACCCAUAACAUGCUGGCAUAACAUCGGAUUUCUAGCCCCCUGCUCUUAA